GCCUGUGAUGGGCCGGAGACUGCUAUUUGUACGUUAUUCCGUUCCUGUCUGCCUAGCAGCAUGAGGCAUCGCACCCUAACCUCCAGCCCAGCCCUCUGGGCUUCUAUCCCCUGUCCACGCUCUGAGCUGCGUCUGGACCUGGUUUUAGCUUCUGGACAGUCCUUCCGGUGGAGGGAGCAAAGCCCUGCACACUGGAGUGGCGUGCUGGCAGAUCAAGUAUGGACACUGACUCAGACCGAGGAGCAGCUCUAUUGCACCGUGUACCGAGGAGACAAGGGUCAGGUCGGCAGGCCCACCCUGGAGGAGCUGCGAGCCUUACAUAAGUACUUUCAGCUGGAUGUCAGCCUGGGUCAGCUGUAUGGCCAUUGGGCUUCUGCGGACUCCCACUUCCAAAAAGUGGCUCAGAAAUUCCAAGGUGUGAGACUGCUGAGACAAGACCCCACCGAAUGCCUUUUCUCUUUCAUCUGUUCUUCCAACAACAACAUUGCUCGAAUCAGUGGUAUGGUGGAAAGGCUAUGCCAGGCGUAUGGUCCUCGCCUCAUUCAGCUUGAUCAUGUCACUUACCAUGGCUUCCCAAGCCUACAGGCCCUGGCUGGUCCAGAAGUAGAGGCUCACCUCAGGAAGUUGGGCCUGGGGUACCGUGCCCGCUAUGUAAGUGCCAGUGCCAAAGCCAUCCUCGAAGAGCAAGGUGGGCUGGCUUGGCUGCAGCAACUUCGAGUGGCCUCUUAUGAAGAAGCUCACAAGGCUCUCUGCACCCUGCCUGGAGUGGGCACCAAGGUGGCUGACUGCGUCUGCUUAAUGGCCCUUGACAAACCCGAGGCUGUGCCUGUGGAUGUCCAUGUGUGGCAGAUUGCCCAGCGUGAUUAUGGCUGGCACCCUAGCACAUCCCAGGCUAAGGGCCCGAGCCCCGUGGCGAACAAAGAACUGGGAAACUUCUUCCGGAAUCUGUGGGGACCUUAUGCUGGCUGGGCCCAAGCAGUGCUGUUCAGUGCUGACCUGCGCCAACCAAACCGACCUCAGGAGCCACCAGCAAAACGCAGAAAGGAAUCUAAGAGGCCAGAAAGCUAGGUGGGACAAAAGGUGUCAUGGAUCUUUCCCUUUGUUCUCCACUUCUCUCCCCC